AUGGACGUAUCUUUGGUUCUAGAUGUAGCAAUGCUUUUUGUUUUGUUUGCCAAUAUUUUAGUUUGUCCUUUCACCAAAGUUGAGGAGAGUUUCAAUUUACAAGCCACUCAUGAUGUUUUGUACCAUGGAUUAAAUAUUUCAAUGGUAAGGCUAAUUAUACCGUUCCGGAAAGUAUGUUAUAUUGGCUAUAGAGCCUUGUUUUUGUGUGUGUGACAUUAGUUAAACCCCAAUGUCUUUAAGCAUGAAAACGAGGCUAUAUAACCACAGUGAUGUACUUUCCGAAAGGGUGUAUUGAAAUGGUGGUUACCAUAUCGGUGUCUGGAUAUAUACCAGACUGCAGAGUUGGUCAAUGGCUGAUUGCAUUAUUAAUCCGCACCCCCCUAUUGAGGACAUCCAUUUUUUGGUCCCUCCCCUGGAAUUUCCACAUAUUUUAAGCGAAUUUUUAGCCUCCCCUGUGAAAUUUCCGCAGAUUUUUAUUGAAUUUUAGCCAUGCCCAUGGAAUUUCCACAAUUUUUUUAUGAAAUUUUAACCCAUCCCAUGGAAAUUCCUUGACAGUUUUUAAUCUAGCCAGUGGAAAUUCCGUAUUGAUUCUUUGAUUAAUAGCUAUCCCUUGGAAAAUUCCUUGCUGAUUUUUAUCCUAUCCUUUGGAAUUUCUUUUCCAUUGUUGACACUCCCAUGGAAAUUCCAUACGUUUUACUCAUUUUUCUUACCUACCCUUUGGAAUUUCCGCAGAUUUGCUUUAAAAUUUGGACCCUCCCAUGGAAAUUCCUUCAUUUUUGGUUCACUUUUGCAGGGGGCCAUUGGAAAUUCCACAUAUCCUCAAUAGGAAGGGGGGGGGGGAGGAGGUGCGGAUUAAUAAUGCGAUCAGCCAAUGUUGCACUCGAUAUUUUUUUAGGCAGAAAUUUCAGCGCACCUGGGAUGUACUUUAUAACAAUUUUUGCAAUUUAAUCUGCCCUCUAAUCUCUCAUUUUCAUUGUUUUUAACAUGUAUCUUGCUACUAUUGUGCCCUUGACUGCAUCUUGAUACGCAUUUGGGAACUGUUUUGCACACCCGCACUUCGAUUUUCUAACAUUUGCGCAACCGAGAUCUCGUCGAAUAGUGCCCAACUCUGCAGUAUGGUCGAUCUGGAUAUAAAUGGUGAAAUAAAUGACAUAUUCCAUCAUAUAUCAAGCACUCAGGAGAUCCAAACACCUCUGUUUUGCCUCUGGUUUCAGCAAGCUAUUCAGUGUUUUAGGAAUGUUCGGUAUACCGGUAUUGAAACCAAUGUCGGUUUAUCGGUACAAGUUUUUCAGUCGUACCGAAAUUUCCAAUAGUUCGGAAUUUUUCGGUAUACCGUAUCAAAUUUACACACCAUGCAUAUGUUAACAUUUUACUUAAAUGCAAAGUAAAAGAAGUAGACAUUUCGUGUUAAAAACAACGUCAACAGCUUCAAAAUUUAAUCAUAGACAGUGCUUCUACUUUUGAAAUUAUUCAAAAUCAAAAUUUCCUACGGUGUUUGAACAUUCUGAAGGAACGUGCUUCCUUGUGCCCCCCUCCCCAGGCUCUGAUGCUCCCUCCCCAGGCUCUGAUGUAUGUUAACUAUGUGACUAUAUUGUUUCAAUUAAUGGUUAACUACAUAUUUCAGUAUGAUCACAUCCAAUUUCCUGGCGUUGUUCCACGAACAUUCAUUGGACCACUUGUCAUAGCUGUGCUCAGUUCUCCUCUUGUAGCAGUCUUAAAUUUGGCAAAAGUGGGAAAAAAUUAUGCUCAAAUUAUUG